AGUCGCCGAUAUCUUUCCGCAAAAUCCCCCGCGCACGCCCCCGUUCCGAAUUCCCCGGCUCCGAGCAAAGAUAAAUAUCGACCUCAGCCUUUGUCCGAGUCCUCCCUCCCAACAACUCCAUCCUCCCUCCCAACAACUUCAAACUACCUCACAUUGCUUUCUUGUCUGUUACGUGUGUGCUUCGAAGACAGACUUCAAGGGACGGGCACCUUACCAUGAGCACACUAUUCAGCGCUGAACCUCAAGAAGGCGAAUCUGUCGAUCAGGCCGUGCAGAUAUUGACCGAUCAAGGAUUUUCGGAACAAGAGAUUCAUCUUUGGAUUUCUUCUUUUGAACAACAUGAAUCAAAUGCCUUGAGUCAUGACGAGACGAGAUUCGAAGAGCACGAUUUCUCCCCGGAUAAGAAGCAACCUUGCUUACCCCGGUCUGAAAACAAGCAGGAUGAAGUAGAACAGAUUGCAGUGGAAACGCUUAAAAAGAAAUGCACCAAAUGGACCGCAGAAGAGCAUUUGAAGUUUGUCAAGGCGUUGGAUAUCUUCCUCCCAUCUUAUGACAGUAUUGGGCGCAUAAAUUGCAAUACUGGACAGGUCUGUGUUGGAUUGGGUGUGGGUGUUGCUGCAAAGAUUGCUAGCUAUAUUGGAACUCGCACGGCUGUGCAGGUCCGAUCCCAUGCGCAAAAAUACUUUCUUCGUGCAAACAAGCUGUGUUGGUCUACAUAAUUGUAACAUCGCAGCUCUCGUUUCAAAAUUUUCAUUGUCUUCUGCUGUUCUGUUUAGAUGUUGAGUGUUAUUAAUGACUUGAUUACAAGUCUCGUCUCUACUCGAGAAGGGGCUUGCAUCCGACUAUCAAGCCGGUUCGACCGAGAAGUCAACAAGGAUAGGACCCAUCACAGCUCCCCCAUGAGAGAGCUUUGCAUACUUGUUGUCUCCCUAUCUUUCCAUGCAACAUUCAAUCUGUGCCGCCAUUUCUUGUAGCUCAUCACAACUUCAACGACUCCAAGAUCUCUCUGUUCACUCACAGUAAAGGCGGAU